CGGCUGAGUGUACCCAUUUCUUGUGCUACGGGAUGUGGAGCGUCUCUCCUACAUCGGCUCUGGCAAAACUGAGCAACUUCUUCCUUCAUUUCCUGGAAGGAGGAGCCAUACACGAAGCAGCAGAAACCCGCCGGCUACAGUGGGCUGCUAGCGGGCAAACGGCACCGUGAUUCCGACCGUUAAUUGGGAGUUAAGAGCCUAACUCAGAUGCCUCUAUGAUCCAGCUAACCGUACAGCGAGAUAUACAGAGUUCAGUUUGCACAAGAGGUGAGCCAUGGCUGAACCAAACUCCUCCCGCCCCCAAAGGAAGAUGUCCACCUCUGGGGAGAGUGUGUACAAGGUGCUAGGUCUGGAGAAAGGAGCGUCUGCAGAGGAAAUCAAGAAAGCGUACAGAAAACUAGCACUGAAGUACCACCCGGACAAGAACCCAGACAACCCAGAGGCAGCGGAGAAGUUUAAGGAGAUCAACAAUGCGAACUCAAUUUUAAAUGAUGAGAACAAGAGGAAGAUUUACGACGAAUAUGGCUCCAUGGGCCUUUAUGUGUCCGAACAGUUUGGAGAGGAGAGCGUCAAGUACUACUUUCUCAUGUCCAAAUGGUGGUUUAAGGGUCUGGUGCUGUGCUGUACAUUAUUCACUUGCUGCUGCUGUUGCUGCUGCUGCUGUUUCUGCUGCGGGAAGUGCAAACCUCCAGAUGACGAUGAAAACUACCAGUACGUCAACCCCGAAGACCUGGAGGCCCAGAUCAAAGCAGAUCAGGACGGAGGUAACACAGUAAUCAUAGGCCAGCCUACAUCUAAUCUGGGUCCAGAAACCCCAGAAGGAAAGAGCAUGCCCAUCCCCCUGCCUAUGCCAAUGCCGCCACCUGAGCCCCAGUCGCCAACUUCAGUCAACCCAGUAGUGGAAGAUAGACCUGGGGAGAGCGUACCAGAUUUAAAAUGACUUGAAAGUGAUGGUGUGGAUAAGCCUCAACUAGCAAAAGCAGGAAGCCUUCUGCUCCCCUCUUAUGACCCAGCCACAUCUGACUGCUGCCAGCGACCCAGAGAGAAACCAGCCCGCUGUCACCAGCCAACCCACAGUUCAGGCCUGAUCCACCCAGACCUACCCGAGCCACCAAACAAACCCUGCCAGGUGGGCACUGAAAUGCUCCCGGCUCCCUUCAUGGAACUUAAAAUACGGAGAAGUAUUCACGCAGAUUAACCUACUAGAUGCUACGAGCGUCAUGGAGGAUAAUUUCAGGCCAGCUAUUAAGACCACAAGCCAUCCUCUAACAAGUCUCCUCUCUUCUUCCACCUUCACACAUGUCCAGCCUGGGCUGGAUGUUACCUUGAUAGCAGUCCAGUUAUCCAGGGCUAGGCUUAAAGUCCAUCUCUUCUGGUCAUUCCAUUCUAACCAGUAAAGGUCUGACACUGGCCAGCAAAAUUGCAAAAAUGGGGACAUGAGGGCCGAGAAAAAAAAAAAAAGUCACGUAGAGGUGGCUUUGAUUGUUUACCUGCUAUCCAAACCGGGACUGGAACUUACUACCUUUUUUUUUCCUGUCACAAUCUUAACCGCCUCCCAUCAUGUUGGACUCCAUUUGUCACCAGCAGGAGCACUUAUUUUCUGUUUUCCCUCGUUAACCUGCCUAGGAGUUGCCCUCUGAAGAAACCCAUACACGUUGGUGGUAAAUUCAUUGCCACUCUUUGUGUGUUCAUAUCAGUGGCAAGACAAGAACUACACAUUUCUUCUUCUUCGUGAACAAUCGCAUUUAGUUAAAUGUUGCAUUGUCGUCCUCUAAUGUCUCAAACUAGUCCCAUCGAUGGAUGUGUAAAAAAAUAAAUAAAUAAAAAAUUAAAAUAACCUUCAGAGGCGGCAGGAAGUCUAACAGAUGCUUCACCAUGUAAAAAGUUUUCAAUCAGGACACUGUUACAUUUCAUUGCUUUAACAAUAAAUGUCUGAGCCUAAUCUUUGAGCUUCGAUCAGGAGUGGACUUGACGCUUCCACCCCGGCGCGCAUGCAACUUGUACGGCUGCAUGCCUCUUCUUGUACAGCACUGGAACUCACCUCAAACGACAAACAUGGGACAAUUGCUGAGCUUGCAGACAUGCAAACUGUAAAUGAACACGAGCCCUUAUGACUUCAUGUGCCACCCUCAGCGGGGAAAAAAUAAAAAGUACCCCCCUAAUAAUAAUCUGCCGACUGAAAUGGACAAUUACAGAUGCCAUAGUCUUUUAACUAGAAAUAACUUUCUGUUAGAUUUACUUAUUUUUUUUAUAUAUAUAUUGCGGGGUUUUUUUUGUUUUGUUUUCUUUUUUGUGUUGCAGUCAGAUUAUUCGGUAGACCAAAGCCGACAGCUUCAUGUAGCCCAGGCCGAUAGUUUCUAGAAAUGCCAUUUGCUCUGUAAGCCACGGUUCAGAUUGUCAAAGCUGUGUGUAUAUUAUGCAUUUCAGUCUAUGCACCGUGUCAGACGGGUCUGUUGCCAUUUUUCUUCUUUUAUUGUACCUCUUACAUUCAGAACUGCAGAAACCCUGAAAGUUACUUGAUCUAUGAACUCAGCUCCAGAUUCACUAAGACUAGAUUGCAGGGCAAUCUCUUGAUUUAAUUGCACCACUAUUGCUUUCUAUUUGGGGAUGCUUUGGACAUUUAUUUGCAGCCUUUAAAAAGAGUAAUGAGCAAGCAAUCAACCAUCUUUACUGCAAAUUUCAGGCACUCGCCCUUUAACUGCAGGACUGAUCCAUUCAUUCCUGCAUCCUUACUGAUCUGUUCUUAGUUUCUGGGCAGGAAAGUCCUCCUUUAUGUACUAACCUGACCCUGGCAGCGCUGUACCUUCAAGAAUAAUUGCAGCAGUGACUAAAAAUACAAGCCCCAAAUGCACUCACUGUUGUCUGUUAUUUUGCAGAAUCACCCAGGAAUACUUUGUCUAAAGUAAUUCAAUGCAUGAGCACGAUUGAUUAAAUCUAACCUGAAGCAUUCGGCUCUCCUCUUCAUCUUCGCUCAUUGUGCACACUUGGUAUCGCUCUUCCUUCAUGCUUUAGUGAAUCUGGAUCAGUGUUUGUGUUGACACACCUUGAAUUGCACAAUAAAUACAGACACUACAGAGAUUUUUGGCUUCAUCAGUUUUAUACACCUUCUUUGAGUCAAACGCACUUUUCCUCUGUAUUGUUUUUGGUUUCAUGUUUUGUUUUUUUCCUCUUUUAGAUUUCAGUCACAUUCUUUAAUUACAGUUGGUCAUUCAGUGUGUCUGCACCUUUAAAGCUGCAGCUAACAUUUAUUUAUUGCUUUUUGCUUGCGUUUAAUGUGAGAAAAUGGUAAGAAAUAUCCAACACUAGUUUCCAUUAUAGAUUAUUUCAUCCAAAAUCUGGAGGCAAAGACAAAGAAAAGCACAGUUGGCAAAUUGUUUCAGCUCUUAAUCUGGGACACCAGAAACUUAUUGAGUCACUGCUAUCGUUGACAUGCUAAUGUCUGUGUUGUCCAGCUCAAAAUGUCAGUGGAUCUGCUCAUGACAAAGCUAAUUGCUUCUAGAUGGCAAAUGAUUUAAUUGCUUUCCCUACGGGUGAUUUGAUAGAUUUAAUGCCAUCUAAGGUUGAGACGUGAGGAUUACUAAUGAUGUAAUGUGAUUUUGGUGAGAGUUUGAGCUGCCAGCAUUUUCCAUGAAUCAUCCACUUUGCACUGAUUUAUUGACUUGUCUGAAACUGAUUUUCUUCCUUGACUCAAAAGCUGUAAUGGAAGACAGAUGAAGCCCAAUAAAUAAGCAAUUUACUUCAACAAAA